AUGAUAUCGUCCGGCGACGAUACUGAGACGGAGGAGGAAACUAAAGAGGCCCAAUCAGCCCGCCAACUCCGCGCAGAACUUGCCGCUGCAAAAGCGACGAUCCAGCAGCUCAAAGCACAAGCCGAGAAAGCGCAACGCGACCUCCUCGCUGAGCAAGAAAAGACACGAGCCCUGCAGACCGAAAAGGAUGAAUUAAUAUCCCAAGUCGCCACCACAAAAGCCGAGCAAAAAGACCUAACCAAAGAAAUGCUCGCCACAGAAGAAGAAAGACGAACCCUAAAGUCCCAAAUCCAACACCUCACCACACAAAACACAAACCUAACGACCCGAACCAAGCAUUUGGCCACGGAAAAAGAAGACGUAGCAUCAACCAACCUCCAACUCCGCACCGAAAACAUCCUCCUCCGCGACGAAACCCAACGCCUCAAAGCCUACUCCUCUGCCAGUACCGCCGCUCCGCCACCACCACCACUACAGUCUACAUCCACAUCUACGCUCCUACCUGCCUCCCCCGCACCCUCCAGCAUCGCUUUCACAGACGAGGACAUAAAGCUAGAUAACGUUCGCAAAGUAUAUGUGCAGUUGAAGCGGAAGCAGGAUAGUCUCAAGGGUAUAGUGAGACAAUUAAUGUGGUGCACGAGGAACAUGGUGUUGGAUGAAUUCGGGGAGUUUGGGGUGGUGGUGAGGAGACUGAGAGAGUGGAUGGAGGAGGAGGAUGAGCAACAAAAGCAGGCGACGAAGAAGCAGAAGCAGAAGCAGAGGGUGGGGACAGGGGGGUAA